AGAGAGCGAGUAUAACUUUACCGCCUCUUGGGUCAGAGCAAUUGCUUGUGUCUUAGCUUCUCGGACGGAACUUUCAAUUCCACUUGUUUGUUUUUCUACCUCUGCUGUCAAGAACCAGUAAUAUAAAACCAUGUCUUUCGAACGUCGCCUCCCUCUCUUGAGAACAGACUUCAGCGUGAUUGACCGCGAGUUCAGCUCGAUCCGCGAGAAGUUCGACCAGGAGAUGAAGAUGAUGGAGGAGGAGAUGAACCGCUUCCGCUCUCAGCUUCUCGAGCGGGAGGUGCCUCGCAUCCAGAGCCACACCGCCACCACAGGCACGGACGGCGCCACCACUCACAGAUCUGAAGUGAGGACGUGGCUGGAUGGACUCAGCUCUCCCCUCAUCCAAGACUCUGACGAUGGAAAGAGGCUCAGGCUACGGUUCGACGUCAGCCAGUACCAACCCGAGGAAAUUGUUGUCAAGACCGUGGACAAUAAACUUCAGGUCCAAGCAAAGCACGAAGAAAAAACCGACACAAAAUCGGUGUACCGUGAAUACAACAGAGAAUUCCUCCUCCCCAAAGGAACAAACCCCGAAGCCAUCAAAUCAUCCCUUUCCACUGACGGCAUUCUAACGGUGGAGGCCCCUCUACCCGCCAUUGAAGGCAUUCACAUGAUUCCAAUCGAAAACAAAUGAACAUUCUCAGCUGUUUUCUGUUUUUAUCUUAGACAAUUUUUCAGGCCAAUUAAUUACUUCAAAGAACCUCAUGAACUUUUAGUAGAUUGAAUUGUAACCUAAAGAAAAUAGAAAGAAAUACUUAAAAAUAGUAAAAUUUAAUGUGCAAAUACUAAACACAAUAGCAGUUUUUGUCUAGUAAAUUGUAGCCUUCAACUUUCCAUAUUUCUUUUUUACUCGCCAGCACUUGUUCGUAUAAAUUUGUUUUACAACAAUAUCGACAUAUCUGUGAUGAAACAUUGUAUUACAUUUGAAAAUAAAAUGAUGACUUUAUUGUUUAA